UUCAAGUGUUUGGAUUCCAUCGAUUUUGUUCUUCUCUCCAACGCAUCUUCUUCUUCUUCUCAGGUUUAUUGAACAUACUCUCAGAUCUCAAGAGUCAACCAAGCAUUUAAAGUAAAUCGGAGUAGGGAAGCAAAACGUCAAUGAAAAUUGCACAUAGCACAUCGUUGAUCAUGGUGGUUCCUUCGUUGCACAAACCACAUCAGUCGUGGGUGGUUGGUUGUUGCAUGGAGCAGUGCAGUCGGUCAGCUCUUCAUGCAGCUUCUUCGCAUGCUGGACAAGCUUAUCCUACUGUUCUGACACUUGAUAUGACCAAAGAACGAAUCAAGAAACUGUUGAGCAAUGUGGAACUUUCUAUAUCUUCAUAUGACACAGCCUGGGUAGCCAUGGUCCCUUCUCCAAACUCUCCCAACUCCCCUUGUUUCCCUGAAUGUCUGAACUGGGUGAUGGAUAAUCAGCUUAAUGAUGGUUCAUGGGGUCUUCAUCAUCAUCAUCAUCCCCCAUUACUUAAAGAUUCUCUUUCUUCAACAUUAGCAUCUGUUCUUGCAUUAAAACGAUGGAAUGUUGGGGAAGACCAAAUUAACAAGGGUCUAUGUUUUAUCGAGUCAAAUUUCGCUUCAGCUACUGACAAGAAUCAACCAUCUCCAGUUGGUUUUGAUAUCAUAUUUCCUGGUAUGCUUGAGUAUGCAAAGGACUCGAACAUAAGGCUUCCUUUAAACGAAACAGAUUUGAGUGUGAUGCUACAUCAGAGAGAAUUGGAGAUAAGAAGAUGUCAUUCAUAUAAGAAGGACGCAUACUUGGCAUAUAUUUCAGAAGGACUCGGAAAUUUCCAUGACUGGAACAUGGUGAUGAAAUAUCAAAUGAAGAGCGGUUCUCUUUUCAACUCACCUUCAGCAACAGCAGCUGCUCUUAUUCAUCAUCGAGAUGCUGGUUGUCUUAAUUAUCUAACUUCUCUCUUGGAGAAGUUUGGGAAUGCGGUCCCAACCAUAUACCCUCUUGAUUUAUAUGUGCGGCUUCACAUGGUUGACACACUUGAAAAAUUGGGAAUCUCACGGCAUUUCAGGGUGGAAAUCCAAAAUGUUUUAGAUGAAACAUACAGAUGUUGGGUGCAGAGGGACGAGCAAAUAUUCAUGGACGUUGUCACUUCUGCUCUAGCCUUUCGGGUAUUAAGGACCAAUGGGUAUGAAGUCUCCUCAGAUCUAUUGGCUGAUAUUACCAAAGAGGGGGAUUACAUGAAUUCACUUGAAGAGCCUUUCAAAGACGUAUAUGCAGCUCUUGAGGUGUAUCGCGCAUCACAGAUUAUACAUCAAGAGGAGUUGGCUUUCGGAGAACGAAAUUUGAGGUCGAUUGAUUUCCUUAAACGGAAAAUAUCCACUGCUUCAAGCCCUUCAAACAGGCACUCUAAAUUUAUUCACAAAGAGGUAGAAAACGCUCUUAAAUUCCCUUCCAAUGCCAGUUUAGAACGCAUGUCUACUAGAAGAAAUAUAGAACAUUACAAUGUGGACGAUACAAGAAUCUUGAAAACUACAUACCGUUCAUUGAACAUUAGCAACGAAGAUUACCUAACGUUGGCAGUGGAAGAUUUUAAUGCAUGCCAAUCUAUUUACCGUGAGGAAAUAAAAGGUCUAGAAAGGUGGGUGGUGGAGAAUAGAUUGGACAAGCUGAAGUUUGCUAGGCAGAAGACAGCCUACUGUUACUUCUCUGCUGCUUCAACACUUUCUUCUCCUGAAUUAUCGGAUGCCCGUAUUUCAUGGGCCAAAAAUGGUAUCCUCACUACGGUGGUUGAUGAUUUCUUUGAUGUUGGAGGCUCUAUGGAUGAAUUGGUUAACCUGAUUCAGUGUGUUGAAAAAUGGAACAUAAAUGUGGACGAUGAUUGUUGUUCAGAGGAAGUUCGGAUUAUAUUUUUAGCACUCAAGGAUGCAAUCUGUUGGAUUGGAGACAAAGCUUAUAAAUGGCAAGCACUAGACAUUAGAAGUCAUGUUAUUGAAACGUGGUUGGAUUUGAUGAAGAGUAUGCUGAGAGAAGCUAUAUGGUCAAAAGAGGAUCGGGUGCCAACAAUAACCGAGUAUAUGGAAAAUGGAUACGUAUCAUUUGCAUUGGGCCCAAUUGUACUCCCAGCUCUUUACUUUAUUGGUCCAAGAUUGUCAGAGGAGAUCGUUCAGAGCUCUGAAUACCACAAUCUAUUUAAGCUAAUGAGCACUCAGGGUCGCCUUCUGAACGAUAUCCAAGGCUUCAAGAGAGAAAUGAAGGCGGGCAAAUUGAAUGCUUUAAGUUUGCACAUGAUUCAUGGAAAGAAUGGGGUUCCGGAAGAAGGGGUUGUGGAGGAGAUGAAGAUGGUGAUUAGCAAUCAGAGGAGAGAAUUGAUGAGAUUAGUUCUGCAAACAAAGGGAAGCAUUGUUCCAAAAGCUUGCAAAGAUGCGUUUUGGAACAUGUCUAACGUGCUCAAUCUUUUUUACGCAACAGAUGAUGGGUUCACUGGAAAUGCCAUUCUUGAUACCGUUAAGCAAACCAUUUAUGAACCGGUCUCACCAAUGGAAACCAAAGAACACUGGUAAUCAGCUUUGAAAGAUUAUACUAGGAUUGUUAUAUCCUGCUUUCUUUUUGAUCCUGCUGGUGAUAUAUAUAUAUAUGUACACAGAGAGAGAGAGAGAGAGAGAUAGUUGUAUAAAAAGGUAUUACAGAGUGAGGGUUUCUCCUUGAUGGUAUCAGUGAAUGUGUGUUUUUAACUUUGUUCAUCUUUUGUCAUUCAAAUUUAUUUCUUCUCUUUGUUUCUUGAUUUUCUUUAACCAAUAUUGGUUUUUGGUUAACUAUUUGUCAUCAAGAUGCACCCACA